GUGGGGGAAGACGUAACAGAAGAGAACAAAGAGAACCGCCAUAUCGGAUUGUGGUACUUUUAUCAAUAAAUUAUAAACGACUUGUUUUUUAUUCAAAAUUAAAUUAGAAUUCAAUUGAAAUUUCAACAUUUAUUAUCUUUAAUAUAUAAUAUUAAUUCGCAAUCAUUAGAAAAUCAAUUAUAAAUAAUAUUAAUUCGUUAAUAAUUAAAUCGCGUUUGUGAACUUGCCUUUAAGCUACGCUCCUCCGAUUGUACCCCUCAUAUUUCGAUUUCAUCGGUAUAUCAGAGGUAAAGUAAAGUUUUGCUAGGAUUAUCAAGAAACAGUGAAGUUAAUUGAAUAUUAACAAACAUGUUCAAAAUCACAUUACUUAUUCUAUUUUGCGCAAUAUCAGGCUAUGGUAUAAGCGGACAAACUCAUGAUAAAAUCGAGACAAAGGUUUUUAAUGAAUCUGCAAAGAUUGGAAAGGAAUUACUACCACCUACAAAUGCCAAUUUAAAUCCCAAUUCUAACAAUAUAGUUACUCAACCAUUACAAGUAGAUUCUAAACAGUCAUCUUUAACAUCUAAUGCAAAUGCAACAGAUCCACAAAUAAAAGAUACUGUUGCAUCAAAUGCAGCAGCUAUUAAAAAGGAAGAUUCUGCUUUGCCGAAUACUCCGAUCAAUGAAACUACAUCUGCAAAUACACUCGUCGAUCAAAGUACAGCAAAAAAUAUUGAAAAUGAUUCUAAGAAAAUAAUUGAAGAUUCAAAUACAGAUAAUAAUACUAAAAAUGCUGUAGUAAUAUCUACCACCCCAAAACCUGAAACACCCACAACAAUCAAAACAACCAUAACAACAAUAACAACAAUAGCAACAACAUCCAAUAAUACAAGCACUACUGCGGCACCACCCGUACCUUUGCCAACUCCAAAACCUGGAAAGUGGUUGCUUAAUGAAAGUAAUAUAACUUGUAUUAUUGUUAGUAUGGCUGUACAAUUUAACGUUUCUAAUUAUUCUGAUGAAAAUAACCAGACGAAAUACAAAGUAUUUAAUCUACCCGAUAGUACAAAUGAGACUAAAGUGUCUGGUUCGUGUGGAAAAUUAGAACAAUCUAUAAUUUUGCAGUGGAAUGGCACUGUAAACGUAACAAAUACUUUUACCCUUCACUUUUCCAAGAAUGAAACUACAAAACAAUAUCAUUUUCAUCAUUUAGAACUUAAUGUUACUGAAGGAAAUCAAACUUCUAUGUUCGUACACAAUGCAACGUUAUUUUCUACUGGAUUAAGUAACUCUUACAGAUGUUUAAAAGAACAAAAUUUCACUUUUGACUCUAAUAAAACAAAAGGAUAUUUAUUGAUGUCUGAUUUGCAAUUCCAAGCUUUUAAAACCGACCAAAAUGUUAAUUUUGGUGAAGUUAAAGACUGCAAACUGGAUACACCAGACAUUGUCCCAAUAGCUGUGGGUUGUGCAUUAGCAGUUUUGGUAAUCAUUGUAUUGAUUGCCUAUCUUAUAGGACGUAAGCGAAGCCAGUCACGUGGCUAUCUUAGUAUGUAAUCUGCUUGAAGUCAGAUUUUUUACUGGUCAGUUUAUAAUUUUUUCUUAUAUAAAUUUUACAUUACAAAAAUCAGUUAUACUACGAAUUUAUCCAAUUACGCAUUGUGCUCAUAGACUAUCAAUGAAUCUAUACAAUUAAGGUAUAACUUUUUGUUUAUAAAGUUACUAUUACUAAAGUUAUAAUGCCAAGCAGUUACUUAGUAAGAUAGUUUUAAGAUAUGUAUAGCUGAGAAUUUGCAAUUUAUAAAAAAUGAAGGAACUUGCAAUACUAUGAUAUGUCUAUGUAUAUCCACGUUUCAAUGUAUGAAAUAUCUUCUGAGAGGUUGAAUCUCGUGGAAACAUUUGAUUUGGUAUUGUUGCAUUAACGGUAUAUCACAAGCGGCAGUAUUCUUUAAAUAAGUUUAACACAAAUUGGGAAAGGCAUUGUUUAGUUUAUUAUACUCAGAGAUAUAAAGAAUUAUAUGAUCGUCGGAUAUUUACGAUUAUUAAGUAUAUCAUAAAAGAUUUAAUUAUCAUUUCUUUUUGUUUUAGAUGAAAAUAACGUAAAUUUAUUAUUAUUAUUAUUUGAAUAGAGAAAUUUAAUUGGGUAUUAUAUAUAAAUGUGGAUAAAAUUAAUAUUAUACUUUUAUUUCUUAUUUUUCUUGAGGAAUAUACUGUUGGCGAAUGCGAAAGUCUGUGAUUCCUGGUGUAUAUAUAUAUAUUGUUGAAAAAAAGUAUGGAAGAGCAUGAAUUACAUGAGUUUGUAUAGAUAAUCCUGCUUCUUUCCACCCUUUCGCAUAAGUGAACAUGUAAAACUAGGCGAAUUUAGGCCGUGUAUGCUACUCCAGAAGAUAAUCAUUAGCAAUUAGAAUUGCUUUGUCUUUUUGAAACGAAUUUUUGUUUAUUCAAAUAAUUAAUUACUUUUAACUCUUAGAAUACGGAACAAAAUGUAAAUGAGCACUUAUUAUGGGCAAUGUUUACUUCAAAGUAACAGUUAACGUUAAAUUUAAAACUUUUUCCAUGACAACUGAUAACAAAGUGCUAAAGUAAAAUUCUUGAAGAGAGAAAUAUUGUCUUGAAAAUUCCAUUUUUCUUAGAAAUGCAGAAAAAUUUUUUAUGUAAGGUAGUAAAUUGAAAUAAUUGCUGAAUGGAUAUUUAUCAUUAUGCCACAGCGAUAAUUUUCUAACAGUACUCUGAAAGAUUAAAUGUGAUUCUUACUCGAUACAAUGUUAUGAUGAAAAUAUUCACAGCUAAGAGUUAUGGAAAAAUUAUUUUUCAUAUUAUAUGGAUUACUUAUGAAUAAAGAAUGCUAAUUAAUAGUUUAAGACAAUGACCAACAAAACUUUUACAUUAAUUUUUAUUUACAUAAAAUAAAAAUUUUUAUU